AGCGUUACCGUUGGCUACCUAGCUAACGUUAGCCACAACAAAUUACUACUUGAAUUCCUAACAUGUUUUGCAAAUAUGUAACAUAUUGUACAAAUUGCAAUUUGUAGCAUAUCAUACGAACUGUAAUUCGUAACAUAUCAUACGAAAUGGAUGAUGGACAUGCAGAAAUGAAUACAUACCAUACGAAAUGUAACAUAUCAUACUAAAUGGAGUGUCUAGAUACAUUUACAGAAUAAUCUCACCAGAUCUUCCCCCCAGAUUUGGGAUUUGAACCUGAUUCUCUACCCUAUAGGCUACCUACCCUUUUAAGUGUUGUCGACAGUCGGCAAGCAUAGCCUACCAUCAGCGAUACAAUUAGGCUACCUACCCAAAUGUAAGGUGUUUGUUGGAAGUAACAAAGUUGUUCAUGCUUGCGUUCAAUCAACAUUCUAUUAUUAGAGAUUGAACAUUUGCUGUUAACACAUGUAUGUUGGGUAUAAUGAUUGGUUGACUCAAUUUGGGGGACAAGGUAUAGAUGGAUAUAACCCCUGAACCACGUUUAAACAUGCGUAAGAUCUACUCCUCUUCGUUACUUUACCAUGAGGUGUCCACGCGGUCUUUCUGUGUGCUGAUUGGCAAGGAGGGGCACAAACAAGAUAUUUUUACCAAUGAGAGCGCUGUACAUGCAGCAGUUCAAACGGUGCAUUCACCGACUGCAUGCACAGUCCCGUAACGGGAUAGUGAGUUUGCGGCGGGCGAGACUGGGUUGGGAAGUGUUCUCGCCAUCCAUAUAAAACCUAUGCGGAGACUUGCUGUUUACAGUCAGCUCCAAAUUGUACGGUUGAUGACAAUAAGUAGCUAACAUUGUGACAGUAUAGUGAUUGGAUUGCAAUCAGACUGUUGGACAUUUGUUCAUCAGUGGAAUUCAAUUGGUUUAUCUAGCUAAUAUAGCGGUCGGCAAUUUUCCACUUAUAUUUUCUUACCCACUGGGACACUGAACGAAUAUUAAAAUGGUCAUCAUUACAAAGAAAUUGAAGACCUUUGAGGUCGUUUUCCAUGAUCCUACUAAGGCUUUCUACUGCAGUGGCGACAAGGUAGCCGGGAGUAUUGUGGUUGAGGUGUCGGAGGUGACCAAGGUGUCGGCUAUGAGAGUGUUUGGAAUUGGAUGCGCAAAAGUAGAGUACGCGAAAGGAAAGCACAGAUGCCGUGAAGACAUUGAAUAUCUGAAAUACGAAGAUACCGUUUAUCUGGAACACCAGCCUAGAGACUCCAAUGGCUCUGUCACUCUCAGACCAGGGAACAGAUAUGAGUACAUGUUUGGCUUCGAGCUGCCACAUCCUGGGCAACUGGUGUCUUCCUACAAAGGGAAGUUUGGCUGUGUCCAGUAUUAUGUCAGGGCCGUGAUGGAGAGGCCUUCCCAGCCUGCCUUGCAGUGCGAGAAACCCUUUGAGGUGGAGGAGCCCUUGGACGUCAACACCCCUGACCUCCUGGCUCCAGCUGCAGGUACGAAGGAGAAGAAGCUCACCUGCAUGUUCAUCCCAGAUGGACAUGUGUCCAUUAGCGCCAAGAUCGACCGCAAGGGCUUCUGCGAGGGCGAGUACAUCUGCAUCAAUGCCAAGUUUGAAAACACCUGCUCACGCAUCGUGGUGCCCAAGGCAGCCAUCAUGGUCAAGCACACCUACCAGGCCAAUGGCAGGACCAAGGUCCUGGGGGAGAAGCUCUCAGUCGUGAGGGGCAACCAUAUCAUCUCGGGCAUGUGUGACAUGUGGCAGGGAAAGACCAUCCGAGUGCCCAGGCUCAAGCCCUCACUCCUGGGGUGCGACAUCAUUCACGUGGACUAUGCCCUCAGGAUCUAUGUCCACAUUCCCGGCAGUGACAAGGUGGUCCUAGAGUUGCCCCUGGUCAUCGGGACCAUCCCCUUCAAUGGCUUUGGCAGCCGCACCAACAGCAUGAGCAGCCAGGCAGAGUCCCUUAACACCCCCUCCAGUAGUUUUGCAUCCCUGCGCCUCCCGUCACAACCACCCAGCUACAGCAACAUCUCCCGCGACUGCCGUAUCGACUCCCCCCUCACACCGCUGCUGGUCGACUACGACGCAGAUGAUGAAGGACUGUUCAUGCGCGCCCCCGAGCUUUGGUACCCUCCUCCCCCUGCCUACUCUGAGGUCGACGAGGAUCUCAAACAGCAAGGGCCAUGUUCUUCAGGUCUGCUGAACCACGAGUAAGAGUUGCAGUUAACCCCUGUUGUAGUCUAAGCACUAGUGCAGGGUUCUUCAAUUCUGGUCCUGGAGGGCCGAAACACCUCUGUUUUUCAUCCUCUCCUUCUAAUC